CGCAAUAUGGGACCUGGUGAAAAGGGUCAACGUCUCAUGUAUAUAUAUUUUUUUCUAGUAACAAAGCUUUAGCAAAGUCGUCCUAGAGCCUUGAUUAUUUGGUUGACUUUCUCUCUAUCACUAUCAACCAAAUAGAUCUAAAACUGUUCUUUGAGAUGGACAAUAGACCUCAAGUGUUCAUCAAUUUCCGGGGAAAAGACCUUCGACUGACAUUUGUGCCUUAUCUCAAACAUCAUUUGAAACAAAGCAACGUGAAUGUUUUCACGGACGCAGACGCGCUUGGAGAGCCGUUGAAGAAUCUCUUAAACCAUAUCAGAAACUCAAAGAUCGUGAUCGUCAUCUUCUCCAUUAGCUACUUGGAGUCAAAGUGGUGUUUGAACGAGCUGGUUGAGAUCAGGAAAUGCUUAAAGAGCAAGAAGCUUGACUUUGUAAUACCCAUUUUCUAUAAGGUGCGGGCUUCACACGUUAAGGACCAGACCGGAGAUUUCGGCAACAAGUUUCUAGAUUUGCAGAAGAAGCAUCCCCAUCUCAGGAUCAUGAGGUGGAAGCGAGCUUUGAGAUUCGUUGCUAAACAAAUUGGUCUGGCUUAUGCAAACGAGAGUUCCAUUUCAGAGUUGGAUUUCAUCAAGAAUAUUGUCGAAGUUGUUACCAUAAUUUUAAACAGAAUUGCAUUGAAGGAAAAAAAUAAUGAAACAAACAAUACCCCAGAAGCAUCUACGACAGUACAGGGACAAGCAUCAAAUCUGAUUGUGGUCGAUGUUAAUCACUUAAACAAGCUGCUCCACUUGUCAAAGACAUCGGAAGCGCUGAAUCUGGAAAGAUCUUUUGUUAGAGGAUUCAUGUUUGGUUUUGCAUGCCAAGAUCUUAUCUCCUCGAUGCAGAUUGGCAACAGUUUCGAGAUUACUCCUCCUGCAAACUCUCUUCAGUCUCCUAUGAAUCUUCAGAGCUUAGAUGUACAAGUGAAUGAGUCAGUAGAGAAAGCUAUAAACUUGCUUGCCUUUCACAUGAUGUCUGAGCAGACACAUCCUGCAUUGAUAUUCAGUAAUUGGGACAAACUUGAUCAUGACACCAAGAACAAUAUCCUCUACUCUGCAGCAAAGAAAAGCCAGAUACUCAAGGUCUACGAUGAGGGUGUUGAUUUGAAGCCUUUUUUGUCUCGUAAUAUUACUCCUUUCUCCGAACUACCAGCAUGGGACAAGACGUUACAACCUAAGGUGCCUCAAGAUUGGCCUCAGCGUGGUCAUAAACGAGCCAUCUCAUAUCAUGACAUUAGAGAUCAUGCUUACCUCUUGCCUUGUAAGUUGAUGUCAUGA